AUGCUGUCCUCUUCACCGCCGCAUCCUAGCUCGACCCUGGGGACUCGAAAGCCGAAGAAACCUCCUCCCAUCACUCCGAAGCGAUUCACGCGCUUUUUUACUCCGCGGUCAUCCGUGCACGGUUCAUCGCACCCCAAUUCCCUUCGAAGAUCUGGCCGCCAGCUGCAGGAUAUCACCCAAGCAGCCAUCAACCGUCGCCCGAAUGCCUUCCGCAAGACCCCUCCCAAGACGGUGAACUUCGCCGAUAUCAUGCCAAAUCCGCAGCCGGAGACGCCCAAAGUCAACAGCAGGAAGCGCAAAACGCCAUAUCUUUCUCCUGAUAGCUCUCCAGCAUUGCCGUCUCCAUCCAAACGUUCACGACUGGCCGCACCUCCACCAAUCAAUAUCCUCGAAGAUCCAGUCGUUCACCCAGCACCAAUCAAAUGCAUAAGAAGUCUGGGAAGUAGCGCCCGCAUCUUACAGCGGUCAUUUGGAGGGCUUGCGGCGAUUGGGCGAGGCUUUCACCGAGAUCAUUGCACAUCCUGGCAGGAGCAGACGGCCGACUUCUACAGCGGCUCGGAUGACUUCCAUCAGCUUUCUCAAGGUGCACCUCCCUUCUGCACUGCUAGCUGCAACACAAAUGGCCUAGUUGCCGUAGGUGAUGAAGAUGGAUGGGUCCACUUACUCGACACUGACGAAAGUACUUCUUCGGACUUUACGAAAGCUCACAUCUCCUUCCAAGCUCAUAAGAAUGCAGUCAUGGAUGUGCAAUUCUCCUCCGAUGACACGCUCCUCGCAACAGCAUCUGGAGACCAGACCGCUCAAAUAAUCGAUGCCCGCACACAACAGUGCGUCCAUGUCCUCGCCAGGCAUGCAUCCUCAGUGAAACAAGUACGUUUCCAGCCCGGUGACGACAAGAUUGUUGCAACUUCAAGCCGGGACGGAACAGUUCAAAUCUGGGACUUGCGAUGUAGUAGUGGAGCCCACCCUGUUCAUUCAGUGUGGGGCGAGAAUGCACCUUAUGCAAGCACUAUCCGUACUCUGGCCGCUGCUCACGCGGAUAGUGCUUUCAUUGGGAGCAAUGGGCCCUCCAUAAUGGCCUCUAAGAGCGUGAAGGAACCAAUGGGGAAGAGCGAGGCGUUCAGCCGUCGGGGGGACAUAUCAGUUACUGCACUCUCAUUCCUUCCACCCGGACGAGAACAUCUACUACUAACAGCGUCGGAUGCAUCGACAUGCGUCAAGCUGUGGGAUAUCCGCGGUCGCUAUUCCCGCAGAGGCCCUGCACUACCGAUUUCCACAACGAGACAACCAGAGUCUCAUAACCGACAUAGGCACUUUGCCAUCAACUCUCUGACUCUGAGUGGUGAUGGGUCCCGCCUAUACGCUCUCAGCAAAGAUAACACUAUCUACGCUUAUGCAGCAAGCCACCUAGUGCUUGGCCACGCCCCAGAGCUCGCUGUCACAGACUCAUCUCGAGCAAAACAUGUUGCGAAUGGAAAGGAAGGAGUCGGCCCCAUCUACGGCUUCCGACAUCGUAAUUUCCACGCCGGCUCUUUCUACGUCAAAACAUCCUUGCGCAAAGCCUCUGGGGAUCGGCCUGAGCUUCUAGCUGUCGGAAGCACAGAUGGCUGUCCAGUGCUGUUUCCCACUGAUGAGAAUCUUCUCAAGCGCGAGAAACGUCGAGGCGACGAUGAAGCAGAUGACCUGCCUGAAGCAAGGCCUUUGAAGUCUCCGUUCCUCGCCAGUCAGCGUUCGCUAUCUCGCAAAUCGAGUAGGAGCGGAUUCUCAAGUCUCUUGACAGAUACGAUCCCGAUCUACGAGCAGGGCACUCCACUCAUUCGUGGACACGAUGCGGAAGUAACAUCUGUUACGUGGACAAAGGACGGGGCACUGGUCAGUGUCGCAGACGAUUUUAGUGUUCGGUGCUGGAGAGAGGGAGGCGAGGCCCGCGCGUUGCGGUUGAGCGGUGAGGGUGAAGGUCGCAGGUGGAUGUGUGGGUGGGCAGCCGUCGAAAACGGGUUCGACGACGACGAGUAA